GAAUAAUGAAUGAAUGAAAAGGUGGCGGUGGAGCGCAUGCGUGGACCGUACGUCACACCCAGCCUGACAGCCACAUCGAUUGGUGCGUCCUGUCCGGGGUGUCUCCCUCUCCUCUACAAUAUUUGCAGUUUUUAGACGAUUGAACUACAAUACUGUACUACAGUAUACGUGUUGAAUUUACCUUGACGGGGGCAUUAAGCCAGUCCCCCCAUUAUUCCCGAAGACAAAAUGGGGUCCUUAUUUCGGAGUGAAGAGAUGGCACUUUGCCAGCUCUUCUUGCAGAGUGAAUCUGCAUAUACUUGUGUAUCAGAACUGGGUGAACUAGGACUGGUACAGUUUAGAGAUCUGAAUCCUGAGGUAAAUGCGUUCCAAAGGAAGUUCGUCAACGAGGUUCGUCGUUGCGAUGAGAUGGAAAGAAAGUUACGGUAUUUGGAACGAGAGAUUCGGAAAGAUGGUAUUCCUGUACUGGAUACCGGAGAGAACCCUGAAGCCCCUAUGCCAAGAGAGAUGAUAGAUUUGGAGGUUAAGUUUGAGAAACUGGAAAAUGAGCUGAAAGAGGUCAAUAGUAAUGCAGAGGCACUGAAGCGAAACUAUUUGGAACUGACGGAGUUAAAGCACAUCCUGAAGAAAACCCAGGUGUUCUUUGACGAGGCUAUGUAUCCCCCAAACCUUCCUUACGACCAAGAAGUGUAUUUUGAUGAUGAGCGCGUAAAUCUUCUGAUGGAUACGACGCUUCACCAACUCAGGCAUAUUGGAUUUGUGGCUGGAGUUAUCCUUAGAGAAAGAAUCCCUGCAUUUGAGAGAAUGCUGUGGCGUGCUUGUCGGGGAAAUGUUUUUCUUCGUCAAGCUGAAAUUGACGAUCCUUUGGAGGAUCCAGCUUCCGGAGAGCAGGUCUACAAGUCUGUGUUCAUCAUCUUUUUCCAAGGUGAUCAUCUGAAAAUGCGUGUCAAGAAGAUCUGUGAAGGUUUCAGAGCCACCAUGUACCCAUGUCCCGAGGCUCCAGCUGACAGACGUGAAAUGGCCAUGGGAGUCAAAACGCGUCUAGAUGAUCUCAAUACUGUGUUGAGUCAGACGCAAGACCACCGUCAUCGAGUGUUGGUGUCAGCUGCACGAAAUAUCAGGGCGUGGAUGAUGAAGGUCUGGAAGAUAAAAAGCAUCUAUCAUACACUAAAUAUGUUUAACUUGGAUGUGAUUCAAAAUGGCUUGAUUGCUGAAUGCUGGAUUCCAGUUGCUAAUCUAGAAGAUGUGCAGUUAGCUCUUCGGCGAGGCACGGAAAAAAGUGGAAGCUUGCCUGCAAUUCUAAAUAGACUCAGCACUAUAGAAGCACCACCGACAUUUCACCGGACCAAUAAAUUCACCAAAGCAUUCCAGGCUCUAAUUGAUUCGUAUGGUGUGGCUACGUACCGAGAAAUAAAUCCAGCACCCUACACCAUCAUAACCUUCCCAUUCCUGUUUGCCAUUAUGUUUGGUGACCUUGGACACGGGAUAAUUAUGGCACUGUUUGGAGGCUGGAUGGUCUGGCGAGAGAAACCAUUGUCGGCAAAGAAGACGGACAAUGAGAUCUGGAACAUCUUCUUUGGAGGACGGUAUAUUAUUCUCUUGAUGGGGCUCUUCUCCAUGUACACCGGACUCAUCUAUAAUGAUGUCUUCUCCAAAGCAAUCAACAUUUUUGGAUCCUCAUGGCAUGGAGCUUAUAAUGCUUCUACCAUUCAUAGCAACAAAGAGCUAACAUUAGAUCCUGCCAAUGUUGAACAGUAUGACCAAUACCCUUACCCAUUUGGUCUGGACCCGAUGUGGCAGUUGUCUACCAACAAGAUCAACUUCUACAACUCGUACAAAAUGAAGAUCUCGAUAAUAUUUGGAGUUAUUCACAUGAUGUUUGGUGUUCUCCUUAGUGUCUGGAACCACAAGUUCUUUGGCAAUUCCAGAAAUAUUUACUGCGAGUUCAUCCCCCAGCUACUAUUUUUGACCUGCCUGUUUGUGUACCUGAUACUACUAGUGUUCCAUAAGUGGGUGUGGUAUGGUGCCGGUGGGGAUGUGUCCGUCAACCCUAAUUGUGCACCUUCCAUCCUCAUUACUUUCAUAAACAUGGUACUGGUGAAAGGUUAUCAGGAGUCCAAAGAAGGUGAAGACUGCUCACCUUACAUGUAUGCUGGACAGUUUGGAAUCCAGAGGUUCCUGCUUGUUGUUGCAAUUAUAUGCGUUCCUUGGAUGCUGUUUGCCAAGCCACUUCUUAUGCACCGAAUGAACAAGCGAAGACAGCUGGUGAUGCAGGCCAAUGGGGGUGAGGGUAUAGUGGAGGAAGGUGGUGGGGAGGCAACAGUAGCAGUGGCACCAGAGCAUGACAUGGGUGAAAUAUGUAUUCACCAAGGCAUCCACACCAUUGAAUACGUCUUGGGCUCGGUGUCACAUACUGCCUCCUAUCUUCGACUCUGGGCACUGUCUUUAGCUCAUGCACAAUUGAGUGAAGUACUGUGGGGAAUGGUGCUGCGCAGUGGACUUACAGCUGGAGGAGAUGGUGUGGGUGGAGGCAUACUCACGUUUGUGAUCUUUGCUUUUUGGGCAACACUGACUGUUGCCAUUCUUGUACUGAUGGAAGGUCUCUCUGCUUUCCUUCAUACUCUUCGAUUGCACUGGGUGGAGUUCCAGAGCAAGUUCUAUGGAGGCAUUGGUUAUCCUUUUGUUCCAUUCGCCUUUGAAACUAUUCUUGAUCAAGCUGAAAAUGCUGUGGUUGAACAGUAAGGUGAGAAACUUUGUGGAAACUAAGCUACAGGGCUUAAAUAUUUGGUUAAUAUACCUUUUCAGAGGGUGUUAGAGUGCAGCCCAUCACUUGAGUAAAUGGGUUAAUAACAUAUUUACCGUGUUCCUGUCAGCAAGCACUCCUAGAUCUUUGUGGGGUGUUUUCAUUAUACCAGUGUUCGUUUCAUGUUGAUAUUUAUUAGGUACAUUAUACUGUAGCUGUUGUAACCAGAUAAGGGUUAUAUAUUGAUGGGCUGCCAGUGAUGAAAGUUGUUCUUAGACAUGUCAAAUAUUGUAAAGUUUGAAAAUUACCAAAAUCAUAUUUGCAUAUUCAUGUCUUCUUGUUGUGCAGUAUUAGUUAUAUUCAUUUCACUGUAAAAAUAUCUACCCGUAAUUUCAAUGAUUUUUAAAUGCAAGUUUAAUGUCAAAUAUUUAUCGGCAGAUUAAUAAAUGUAUGACGACUAAAAAGAUGCAGAGAAAAUUAGCAGAAGCUAUGAAUUUCGGGCACAUUUUGAGCACUGAAAUGCCAAUUUAAUUAUUUUAAAAUAUAAUAUAGACUAAGUAAUAAAAGGCUGCAGAAAUACUUCAGACAAAUAACAUAGUAAUUUGGAAGAGAUAAAUUCCAUUUUACAAACUGGACAAAGUAUAAUACUUGAACAUUUUUUUUUUUUUAAGUUUUGUUUUUUAGUAGCACUGGUUAUUGUUUUAAUGUAUAAUUCUUUGAAAAACUGGACUGUAGAAUUUAAAUUAGGAUAAAUAUUUCCAAUCUUUUGAAAACACCUUUUGUCAAGGGACACUUUUUGGAGCCUUCUUCAGAGAUGCUCAAGUGACAUUCGUAAGACAUUUUGAAUUCACAAUAGACACUGAUUUAAGGGCAUGCCUAAAGAAAACCUAAAAGGCACACUUGUAGACGAUGUUGUUACAUGUUCCUCAGAAUCUGAUUGUUGUGCAGUAUUUCUGUAAGUAGAAUCGCAAGUAAAUGUGUACACUCUAUAUAUCAUACACGCUUAUUUGUGCACACAGUAUGUUUAUACAUUAUGUACAAUGUUUAGUUCUAAACUUGCUUGUGGCUUAAUCCCUACACUUUGGCUUUUUAUUUUAAAUUUAUUGAACAAUUUAUGGCACUUACUGGAAAAGUAAACAUAAAAUUCUAAGUGCUUGACAGAAAUGGUGAUUUACCUCCAGAGUGUCCUCCCCAAAUAUGCAAGUGAAAGAAUUAUAAUAAGAAAUAAAUUUCUCCGUAAAAAAGUACAGUGCAGUAUUUAGAAAAUAUCAAUUGUUUUAUAAAUUUACUGGAAGAAAAAACAAUUACUGUACUUGCUAUUCUUUGGAUAUCUGAACAUAAAUAAAUAUUGCAGCUGCCAAUCUGGCCCUGCUUCUCUACCACAAUUCGUAAACUCUCUUGUUCUGUUUACCACCACCUCAAAAUUGCUAAAUCAUUCACUAUUUCUUAAAUGAUACAAAAAUAGUGAAGGUCAAUAAGUAAUCAAUGAAUAUCUUGUUUGAGUAGACUAUGGGGUUGCCAGGCAUUGACAGUGAUACAGCAGCAUAACAUGCUCGCUCCAAACACUGUUGGCACGGAGGGCCGAAAUUAUUUUUCAUAACAUGGCCUCGUUCCCGGAGACUUAUAUUGUUGAGAGUAUCAAUGGUACUGUUGCUGAAUUGUGGUCAAAUUUUCCUGCAUGCUAAACAACCAGGUAUGGCAGCCAUAUACAGUGCAUAAUUGAAAUAAACAUCUCUGAUGUGAACCAAAGCACAAGGUUUAAUGAACUUUAUUUUAUGUUCUGUGCUCUAUAUUUAUACUGUACUUAAAGAUUUAUGACUGCCAAAAUUGUGCAAAGGAAUUGUCUGCCCAAAGUAAAAUCAUCUCUGGAUAUCUUUGUAAUUUUUAAGUAUCUACAAGUUGCUUGUGCUUUUUGUAUUGCUGUAGUCUUGUUAAUAGUAUUUGUCAAAAGAGUACAGUAGAUGUACGUUGAAUUAAUAGUUUGUCUAGUUUUGCAUUAAUUUGAUUAAUAAAUGUAGUCUAAAUAGUUUCUUUUGAGUACUGCUCUGGUUUUACCACUUUGAAGUUGGUGAUAUUCCUUAUAGUAUUUGGUUUUUAGAAUUUUGCAUUUCAGUGCACUGUGUUGGUAAAUUUUCCUGCCUGAAAUUACGCCAGAUACAUUCUUAGUGUUACAUAGGCCUUCCUGUGUUUUUUAAGGUUUUAUUAUUUACUAAUAUUGAUAAAUGAAUUGAAAACAUGUUUUAAUUUAAAUAAUACUAGAAAAGCAUACUAAAUGUUUGUUAAAGAAAUUAAACGAAUUUGAUGCACUAUAACAUGUGUGUAUCUUGCAGUACAGUAUUCUUUAUUAUACAGAUGAACAUGUAAUUGAAAUUGCUUGUAUUAUUUUUAUAUUUUCAAGAGUGAAUGUUUUAAUGAAAGUACAGUACAGUAGUUUUUAGUGUUGUGGUUGGUCUUUUUAACUAAGGCAUCGCUCUAAAAUAAUCUGUAUCGUAAUAAAUUCUUGACACAGGAGUUUUUUUUUUUAUGCCAGUCUAAAAUACUUCCACAUGAUAUUAGUAUUGCUUAAUAUGGAAUAAUUAUAAGUUAGAUCAUGAUUGCUUCACUCUAUCCAGCAUUAAAUUGGGGUUUUCAGCUUUUAGAGAUUAAUGGUACUGUAUUAAAUUAAUAAUAAUUUGCUUUCGGGAAAGUUGGACAAGUUAUUUGGUUCCCCACUAAGUGAAAUUAAGAGAUUAAAUGUUUGAUUCUCUAAUGAUUAGUGAGUGAAUCACUUACUUUGUGAUUAGCAAAUGCAUUGUUUGGGUCCCUGGAUAGAGAAGUUUGUUUUUCUACCCAACGGUAAAUGAAUUGACACAAAAUUUCCUCUUCUCAUUGCAAGGCAUUCAUCGUUUUAUUUCCAUUUUCUCAAGUGUAAUCCUAGAAGUUUCCUGGUGUUAUCUGCAAUCCUCAUUAUCCUGAACACUAUUAACCUGUCCUGUUAACUUUCCUGGAAAACUGUUGUUUUCUUUGCUUAGUACAAUGUGUUGUGUAAUGGUGGAUUUUAGUAUGUCUUUAGUCUAAUGGCAAGAUUAUACGGCACUAAUGAUGGUCAGUAUUCUCACCUAUUAUUCAGAAAUGAUAGCAAAUAUUGGUAGAACAUGCAAAUGUGGACCAUUGUACCAGAAAAUGAACCAUGUUUUUGUACUAUUGAGUUUUGUUGAGGUCAUGAGAAGGCAACAACCAAACCUGAACAUUACUAGGCCUAGAAUACCCUAUGCAUGAACUAAAUUAGGGCUUCAGAUAUUUGGCCUAGUUUCUCUUAUUUUGACCUGGACAGUUUGUUUCAUGGUUUAUUUUGUAACUUUUUGAAUGACAUUAGGAGUACAGUAUUACAAAAGUACAAAACGUGAAGCAUUUUGGCAUGUAACGGUUCAUUUUUGUACAUUUUGCCAAUAGUUGCUAUAAGUACUACAAUCACUUUUGGAGGCUGGGUCGAAAUAUUCUGCGUGUACGUAUCAUUCUCUUCAUGUAAUUGCUGUAGUAGCUUCCUUACAUUAAAUUAACACCCACCACUUGGCUAGAAUGUGACACACUGUAGUACAGUAUAUAUGUUUGGUACAUUUAUAAAACAGUAAGCAAAAAUCCUUUUUUAUUUCUUUCUGGGUAUGAAUAUUAAUAUCGUUUCCUAACAUGGCAUGAAAUUUUGAGAAGGGUGUCCUAGUCAAAGGCUCAGGGUAGCAGCGACAGCGACACAAGUCUGUCGAACCAAAGCAAAAACCUUGACAUCAUAAACGCUAAAUGAAAUUUUAUUUUUUUUUAUUGUUAAUGUUUGCAAAAUGUAAAAUUCAAUUGUUAUUAUGACUGGAAGUACAGUACAAGAUAUUUUAGUGAAUUGAAUAAUACAAUUUAGCAAAGUAACUUCUAAUUAUACAAUAUAAUCAUUGAGUAAGCAUGUGUUCAUUAGUAUUUGAUUAUUUAUCAAGUAAGCUGUUCCUUAUAAAAUAUAAUUCAAACUUCAGACUUGUUAGAUUAUUCAAACAUACAUGGACCAACAUGUACACACUGUGCAUGUUGGUACACAACUGUACACACACAUUGUAUGUACUGUGUGUGUAUUAUAUAUAAUAUAAUCACACAUAAAUAUAUACAUACAUAUAUACACACAUACGCACGUGCGCGCACAUAAAAUUGAUUUGUGUGUAAAGUUGUUAGUUCCAUAUUAUUCAAAGUAAAAAUUUAGGAAAAUAAGGAAUACAUAUUGUAACCAAAGAUACCCAUAUAUGGUAUGUCAGCCAAUGUCUUAGAAUAGUAACUUCUAUCUCAUGGUGAAUAUUUUCUUGGUGGGCUUCCAUCAUCAGCUUAAAUUUUUCUUUUUGUCUUGAACUAGUUAAAAUGAUUGAAAAUACACACCAAUGUUGUUCGUUAAAAAGUAUUCAUUUAUACGAUGCUGCGUUCCUGGUCUUAGUUGGGAGAAAUUGCAGCAUAUUAUGGCCAUAUAUCAUCUUGAUUUAAUUGUUGAAAUUUAUAGAUUUAUCAUUUCAACAAUUUCCGCUGUUUACCUAGUGUAAAGAAUUUAUUGAUGUCGUGUAUAUUUAAAGCUAUGAGACAAGGCAACAUUUCAAGCUACACUGCUAUUUAUAACUUGCUUAAAUAUAUAGAGAUCGUAAUAUGCUGAAAGUAAUCUUAACUGUGGCUUAUUAGAGCAGAAUGAAUUAUUAUUGUAUUCAUUGAUCUUGUUUAUGGUAUAAUCUCUCAUCAUAGUAUUGGCACUUGAUAAACCUGGUUUUACUUGUAUUUGAAUAAAUUUAGUUUGAAAAAUAA